AUGGCUGACAAGUCCAAGGGCACCAAGAGGCCCAGCGCCGACACCGACACCGACACUCCGGGCUCCCCAAAGCGAGCACGGCAGGCGGGCGCAAUGGACGGAUACAACCCCUACCUAGCCCACCAGUACGGCGACCAGAACGGCUCCGCAAAGUCGUCUGCAUGGCCUGCAUUCAACGGCAUCAAGCGCCACGAGACCAACGAGAAGCAGAUCACCGGGCUCGAGGACGCCGACGACAACCCGUGGACGGGCGAGCCGCACAGCCAGAAGUACUUCAGGAUCCUGGAAGGGAGGAGGAACCUGCCCGUCCACAAGCACCGCCAGGAGUUCCUCGACAUCUACCACAACACCCAGAUCAUGGUCUUUGUCGGAGAGACCGGUUCCGGAAAGACCACGCAGAUCCCACAAUAUGUCCUCCACGACGAGCUCCCCCAGUUCACCGGCAAGCUCAUCGCCUGUACCCAGCCCCGCCGAGUCGCCGCCACCAGCGUCGCCCAGCGUGUCGCCGACGAGCUCGACGUCACGCUCGGCAACGAGGUCGGUUACAGCGUCCGUUUCGAUAACUGCACCUCCGACAAGACCAUGCUCAAGUACAUGACCGACGGUCAGCUGCUGCGAGAGUGUAUGCACGACAACGACAUGUCUCGAUACGCCUGCAUCAUCAUCGACGAGGCCCACGAGCGCACACUCGCCACUGAUAUUCUCAUGGCCCUGCUCAAGGAGAUUUCUCAGCGUCGAAAGGACCUCAAGAUCAUCAUCAUGUCUGCCACCCUCGACGCCCAAAAGUUCCAGAAAUACUACUUUGAUGCGCCACUGCUGGCCGUCCCCGGAAGAACACAUCCAGUGCAGCUCUUUUACACCCCUGAGGCGGAGAGGGACUAUAUCGAGGCCUCCAUCAGGACGGUUCUCCAGAUCCAUGCGACAGAGGACGAGGGCGACAUCCUGCUGUUCCUGACCGGAGAGGAGGAGAUCGAGGACGCUUGUAGGAGAAUCCGCCUUGAGGUUGAUGAGAUGCUGCGCGAGUCGGACGUUGGCCAGAUGUCGAUUUACCCCCUUUACGGUACCCUGCCACCUCACCAGCAGCAGCGCAUCUUCGACAAGGCGCCAGGCCCUAUCAAACCGGGUGGACGUCCCGGAAGGAAAUGUAUCGUGGCCACAAAUAUUGCAGAAACGUCGCUUACGAUCGAUGGCAUUGUUUACGUCGUCGAUCCGGGCUUCAGCAAGCAAAAGAUCUACAACCCCCGAAUCCGUGUCGAGUCGCUGCUUGUCAGCCCUAUUAGCAAGGCAUCCGCACAACAACGAGCGGGUCGUGCCGGUCGUACGCGACCAGGAAAGUGCUUCAGACUGUACACAGAACCAGCGUUCAAGAAGGAACUCAUCGAGCAGACCUACCCCGAGAUCCUUCGGUCGAACCUGUCGAACACGAUCCUGCAGCUCAAACGGCUCGGUGUCCAAGAUUUGGUCCACUUCGACCUCCUGGACCCGCCGGCACCUGAGACGAUGAUGCGCGCUCUUGAGGAGCUCAACUUCUUGGCCUGCCUGGACGACGAGGGCGAGCUCACCCCACUGGGCAGCCUGGCGUCCGAGUUCCCGCUCGACCCCCAGCUGGCAGUCAUGCUCAUCAGCAGCCCCGAGUUCUAUGCCAGCAACGAAGUCCUCUCGAUCGUCUCCCUGCUUUCCGUGCCAUCACCGUGGGUCCGUCCCAACACAGCACGGAAACGUGCCGACGAGAUGAAGGCACAGUUUGCCCACCCGGAUGGCGACCACCUCACGCUGCUCAACUUGUAUCAUGCCUUCAAGGCCGAGAUGAACAAAGGAACGGACGUGAAGACUUGGUGCCACGAGCACUUCUGCAGCAUACGACACCUGAGCUCGGCCGAUAACGUACGCGCCCAGCUCAAGCGUAUCAUGGAGACGCAUGGCAUCGAGCUGGUAUCUACAGACUUUAACGACAAGAACUAUUACAACAACAUCCGGCGGGCCCUUGUUGCCGGAUUUUUCAUGCAGGUGGCGAUGAAGGACACGAGCAAGAGCUACACUACGAUCAAGGACAACCAGCCCGUUUUGAUCCACCCGUCGAGCGUGAUAAAGGCGGACUACGAGUGGGUCAUCUACCACGAGUUUGUCCUCACCAGCAAGCAAUACAUCCGUACCGUCACCGGUGUCCGCCCCGAGUGGCUUCUGGAGAUUGCACCAGUCUACUACGACCUAGACACGUUCGACAAGGGCGAGGUCAAGACGGCUCUGCAGAGGGUCACGGAGAGGAUCCGCCGGAAGCAGGCUAUGAAGGGAGGGAGAGCCUAG